GAAGUGAAAUUCUAUACACUAUUUUAAUAGACUUAAUAGAAUGGCUCUUUCCUGGUGAUAUUUGAAUAGGCAAUUUCAUCUAACAAAGAGUUAUCUUGGGUACAUUGUAGUGCACAAUAGAUAUGUACUGAAAAUUCCAGUGAGGGUUAUUAGUAUUCCAUUUUACUACAGUGGGUUCCAGGUGUAAAGUUUCUUUAGACUGAAAAAGAAAUAAUUCUUACUCAGAGUUCUAUGGGUAUCACAUCUUCUUGCUAGCAUGGGCUAGAAACUUCAGGUUUUCUCUCUCAUCCGUGUUACUUUAUGUUCAAUGGAAUAGUCAACUUAGGUUUAUUGCUUGUGAAUUACCCUCUUGAUUCAGAUUAGGUCCAGAAUUGGCUAUUGUCCUCAAUCUGACCCCAUGUUGAGCCACAUGACAGGUCGGGAAAUGCUGAUCAUGUAUGCCAGGCUGCGGGGCGUUCCUGAGCCAGACAUCGGCAUGUAUGUGGAAACCUUUCUGCAUUCAAUGCACAUGGAAACCUAUGCUGACAAGCUGGUCUGCACAUACAGUGGAGGAAACAAACGUAAAUUGAAUACUGCUAUUGCCCUAAUGGGAAAGUCCUCAGUUGUUUUCCUGGAUGAACCAUCUACUGGCAUGGACCCAGUAGCCAGGCGCCAUAUGUGGGACACAGUUACAUGGAUAUGUAAUAGUGGCAAAGCUAUCGUCAUAUCUUCCCACAGCAUGGAAGAAUGUGAGGCCCUUUGUACCAGGCUGGCCAUCAUGGUAAAGGGGCAGUUCAGGUGCCUAGGCAGCCCACGUCACCUCAAGAACAAGUUUGGUAAUAUAUAUACUCUGACAGCAAAGAUUAACAUUGAUGAUAAUGAAGAUAAACUAGAGGAGUUCAAAGAAUUCAUUGAGAUAAAUUUCCCAGGUAACAUCAUAAACCAGGAUCAUCAAGGAAUCAUUGGCUACUACAUUCCCAGCAAGGGAAUUUGUUGGGGAAAGGUGUUUCGUAUUAUGGAGGAAGCUAAAACACUAUUCAAUCUAGUAGACUAUUUCAUCAGUCAGAUAACGUUGGAACAAAUCUUCCUGACUUUUGCUAAUAUUGAUAAGGUCAAGAAAUAAAGCUGCUAUGAGAUUCAUUUCUGAUGCCGAAAGCUCAGCUUCUCUGUACACCAGUGCCAAAUUGAAUCUUGGAGACAGAGUUUUGGGUGAAGUAGAAAAGAAUAGUUUUACUGCUUUGCCAGGUAAAGGAGGCCACAGCAGGCUAAUGCCCUCAAAUUUCCCAACUUGAAGAAGAUAAUAAGUUUUAUAGUAAUUAUUCAAGGAGGUUAUGAUCAGUAC